AUGCAAGCAUGUAUGCGUGAUGCCACCCAGGAGAUUGCAGUGAACAGGGAUGCUGAUGAUAAGUGUUUGGAAAGCAACGCAAAAACAUACUUUAAGGGUGUUGCAAUCAUUAAAUACUGUGUUUUGCAGGUAUUAAGAGCUGUGAAAAAGGUUCACUUGUUCUCUAGUACUGGAGAGGAAGUAUCUUUUGAUGAAAAUGGUGAUGCAGUAACUGUCUAUGAAAUUUUGAAUGUACAGAUAUUACUCAAUGACACAUUUCAUGUGGUAAAAGUAGGUAGAAUAAAGCCUAGAGCACCUCCUGGCAAAGAUGUUAGCAUUAAUGCGAGUGCCAUCAUGUGGAAUGAAAAAUACACUGAGUUUAUACCGAAAAUCUGUAGUGAAACCUGCCUUGCAGGAAACGUGAAAAUCCCAAGAAAGGGUCAACCAGUUUGCUGCUUUGACUGUAUUCCAUGCUCAAAUGGUAAAAUCACAAAUUUUACAGAUUCUCUAGACUGCUGGAAAUGCCCAGAAGAUGAAUGGCCUAAUGAAAACCAUGAUGCAUGUAUCCGCAAAGUGAUUGAGUUCUUAAUGUAUGAGGAACCCUUGGGUGCAAGUCUUGCUGUCAUUGCAAUGUUCAUGACUCUCGUCAGUACUUCAGUCUUGUGGAUUUUUAUUAAAUACAGAGAUACACCGAUAGUCAAGGCUAACAACAGGGAACUCAGCUAUCUUAUUCUUUUGGGACUCAUUCUGUGCUUUCUGUGCUCCUUAAUUUUUAUUGGUAAACCAACUGCAAUAACGUGUCUAAUUCGUCAAAGCAUAUUUGGUAUAAUUUUUUCCACUAGUGUCUCUUUAGUUUUGGCAAAAACUAUUAUUGUAGUAAUUGCUUUCAAAGCAGCAAGACCUGACAGUAAACUACAAAAACUACUAGGGCCAACAGUGCCCAAGUUAGUGGUCUGUUUCUGUUCCACUGGACAAUUUCUCAUAUGUGUUCUUUGGAUGUUAAGCAGCCCUUCUUUUGUAGAUUACAAUUCAAAAUAUGCAAAUGGCAAAAUAAUUAUUGAGUGCAAUGAACACAAUGUAAUAUGCUUUUAUUGCAUGCUGGGAUAUCUUGGGGGGUUAGCACUUGUGUGUUUUGUUGUUGCAUUCUUGGUAAGAAAUGUACCCGAUACAUUUAAUGAAGCUAAAUUCAUUACCUUUAGCAUGUUAGUAUUUGUCAGUGUGUGGCUGUCCUUUAUCCCUGCAUACCUGAGCACACAGGGCAAAUACAUGGUUGCAGUAGAGAUAUUUGCAAUCUUAGCCUCAAGUGCUGGAUUACUCGGCUGUAUAUUUUUACCCAAAUGUUACAUUAUUUUACUUCAACCUCAGAAAAAUACAAGGAAACAUUUAAUAGGUAGAAUUCAGUAA